AUGUCCAGAGAGAAGUACUGGAAGGUUCAGGAGCUGCAGGGCUGUAGGGUGGGAAGUGGGGUGUCGGGAGGAGAGGGAGUUCUGAGGCUGCAUCUUCCAGGAGGAGGAGGUGAUGGGAGACCCUCCAGUUCAGGCUUCCUGGCCUCGCGCAAGUUCCAAAUGCCAGGAGCAGAGGAAUUUCCCCUGACCCUUGGUCUUCUUCUGCAGCAGGCGCAAGUGAGUUUCCACUAUCAGAUAAAGCAUGAGUGUCAUUUCUCCAAUGGGACGGAGCGAGUGCGCUACCUGGAAAGAUACUUCUAUAACCGAGAGGAGUUCGUGCGCUUCGACAGUGACUUGGGCAAGUUCCAGGCGGUGACUGAGCUGGGGCAGCAAAACGCUGAAUCCUGGAAUCAACAGAAGGACACCGUCGAGUAUAAGUGGGCCGCAGUGCGCAGGUUCUGCAAACACAACUACAAGGUCGGGGAGAGCUUCACUGUGCAGCGGAGAGUUGAGCCUCUGGUGACCGUGUUUCCUUCAAAGACGCAGUCCCUGCAGCACCACAACCUCCUGGUCUGCUCUGUGAAUGGUUUCUAUCCGGGUCACAUUGAAAUCAGGUGGUUCCGGAAUGGCCAGGAAGAGAAGGCAGGGGUUGUCUCCACAGGUCUCGUUCCUAAUGGAGACUGGACGUUCCAGACCCAGGUGAUGCUUGAAUCAGUCCCUCAGAGUGGAGACAUCUACAGCUGCCAAGUGGAGCACCCAAGCCUCCAGAGCCCCAUCACAGUAGAAUGGAGGGCUGAAAGUGAAUUUGCUCUGAGCAAAAUACUGAGUGGAAUUGGGGGCUUUGUUCUGGGCCUACUCUUCCUUGGCGUAGGCCUGUUGGUCAACUACAAGAGUCAGAAAGGACACUCAGGACUUCAGCCAACAACUAAUCUUUAG